AUGGCAUCAGAUUCCAACGCUGAUACUGCCCCAACUGAUAUCUCGGGUCCGCUGCUGAUUGGCAUUUUGUUAUCCACCUUACUAUUUGGUAUUGUUCUUGGUCUUUCGUUCCAAUACCUUUCAGCGGUGUCCCGAAGCAGCAAGUUGGCACCCGAGUCAUGUUUAGCUAGGAAGAGCUCGCGCUCUCGAUUGGUUGCAAUCCUAAACGCGAGGCUGAAAAGACAAGUGCCGAGUUUUUUUUUCGGUGAACAUGCUUUCCGCACUUUUACAGUUCUUGCUCUUCACCUAGCAGGUUUAUCUCAAACAAUCAUUCGAUUUUACUUACUCUGGCAACUCGCUAUUGUUCAAAGUCAUCUAGACCUUUCUUUGAAUCCAUUCGUGAUACCAUUUGGUAAGGUUUUGUUUCCAAACACACUCUCAACCUACGGAUGUCCAGCGUUCUUAAAAAUCGGUUCUGUUCGCACAGGUGUGGCGAUAUCAUCGAACCUGUUGACAUUGAUGAUACAGACAAUCGUCCAAAUAUCACUACUGAAACGGGCCCAGAAGUUAGACAGGAUCGCGACUUAUUCAGCGGCAUUAGCCACGGAACGUGAUCAAAACCAUGCGAUCUCGCUCUCUUCAGACACUCACUCCAUCAGAAUUGAACCGGGCGAGGAAGAAGACAACGAAUGGCUGUUCGCUCUUCGUCAUCGUCGGCUCAUUACCCACUCGCUGUACUUGCAACAAGGUUCCUCUGCCUGGCGAUGGAAAUCAAUUCAACUCCUGAUUGGAAUAUGUGCAGCCACUGGGGUUGCUUCCGCGGUUCUGAAUACUAUAGGACCGUUCGAGAGACAUCAAGGGAUUGCCCUCAGUAACACUUCCAGCUUAGUAAACCAAAAAGCAGGAAGUGUGACACUAAUCACACCCAUUUGGUACAUGCUUUCGGCGAUCGUUGACGUCUUGAUCAGCGCAAGUACGAUCCGUGAUCUAGGAAAAAUCCGAAAUCAAGUGUUGAAUAUUUGUAACAACAGAAACGACCGUAGUAAUGUUAACAUCGGGGGUAUUUCUGAGUGGUGUGCAAAUUGUUUCCACCAUUCUGUACUUCUCUCUACGCGAGAAGGGGUGGCAAUAACCCUCAUCACCGUUCUUACAACUUCUCUCAGGAGUCAAGAAUCCCGAAACUGCAAACCUCCCGAUGCCUACCCACUCAAAUCUUCUUCCACCAAAAGACUACAAAAAUCUUCCAUAACUAAUCCAGGAAGCGAGGGACGUAGCAGUACAAGACCCCCAAGAUCAAUGCCCGCUGCGAUGAUUCGUGAAAAUACGAACCUAUCACUUACAUAUGACUCAUCUGACACUCAUCUGGAUUGCGAAAAUGUGCUGUCCAUUCACUAUAGUAGAACUUCUCACGAUGCUCCCCCACAGCUACGCGUAUCAUCACAAUCACCGGAAACGAGCCUGACUUCAUGGUGUACAUGGGGAGAAAGAGGUCCCGAUCCAGAUAGACUGUCACCCAAUAGUUCAGUAUCUCGUUUAUCUGCUUCGACUAUCAAUUCCAAACCAGAAUAUCCACUCCAUUCUAGAUUUUCAGAUUGGGGUUCGGCUACCCCUGAAACUGCAACUUUUCGGUCUACAUCAACAAUGUCUUGA